AUGUCAUCAAUAAGUUCCAUCACUUCAUCAGACCCUAUGUCGCUGCCAGCAAGAAUUCAAGUAGAUAUAAACACACUACAAGACGAAGAGAAACCCCAGCAGGUUGGUGGUGCCACCUUCAACAUGUGGUACCUCAACUGGUCAGGUGGCGGAGGAAUAAACCCAUCGGCCAGUGAUUCAUUUACGCGAUCAAAGUUUAGAGUCAACAUCGAGCGGGACCAAGGGUAUACAAGAGCAGGAGACGCAUCACCAGUAUGCUUAUUCUUCAGCAGGGGGUGCUGUUACAUGGGAUCAAACUGCAAAUACCUGCAUAGUCUACCGAGUAAAUCGAAAUUUCAAAGUCAAGCAAAGGAUUGUUUUGGCAGAGACAAAACUGCUGAAUACAACGAUGACAUGGAUGGAGUGGGCUCAUUUAAUCACACAAACAAGACCUUGUAUAUAGGAGGCAUUCAAAUGAGACCAAAUAUCGAAGACUUGGUGACUAAAAACUUUGAAGAGUUUGGAGAUAUUGCUAAAGUUAAAGUGAUUUACAAUAAAAAUUGCGCAUUUGUCACUAUGAAGACCGAAUUUGAUGCUCAGUUUGCCAAGGAAGCCAUGAAUAGACAGUGUUUGAUAAACCCAGAGACUAAUAGCAGCAAAAGCAAAGAAGUACUACAUGUACGGUGGGCGCACCAAGACCGAAAUCCUGAAGCGCAAAAACAAAAUAAGCGCAAAACGGAACAAAUGGCGAUGGACACAGUUAAAGAGUUGUUGAGUAAUGAGACGUGCAAACGGGUUAAAAUGGGAGAGGGUCGGGAGAUUGAUAAUUUACCACUGGAGGUUGUUGAUGUGGAACUCGAUAACGGAAAUGAUGAUGAUAACGACGACGAGGAUGACGAUGACGAUGACGAUGACGUCGACAUCGACGAACUGGACGAUGAAGAUGAGGAAGACGAUGCCGUGCCUGACAUCAAGCCAAAAAAGAAUGGGAAACUACAUAGGGGUAAAAUGUUGAUCAAAAAUAAAAACACUACGAACCAGAAUGGAGCAUUGAGCCGAUAUCUGGAGUCACCAAAUUACGGUCAUGCCAAUGGACAAACUCAGAAUGGUCAUGGCCAGCAGUACAGGGGUGGAGGAUAUGCAAGUACAAGUGGAGGUGCCACGAGUGACGAGAUUAGACGAGACUUUUUCGAAAGACAUGGGUUGGCCAAUCAAUCCACUUUGAAAGAUUUGGCAGAAUUACGAAAAAGAAUGAAAACCACUCGGCACGAACCGAAUUUGGUCACUGUCUUGGGUAAUUAUUCAAGUGACGAAGAUGAUGAUUAG